AUGGAAAAAGGGGUAUUUUCUGCCACUGCUUCGAUCAUCUGUUUGGUUCUCCUUUUCGUUCGCACUAGUCUCGGAGAUAUAAGCUACACGGUAGCAGAGGAGGUGAAACGUCAACAUGUAAUUGGAAAUUUAGCGAAGGACCUCGGACUGGAUCCUAAAAAAAUGUCAGCUCGCAAGGCUCGGUUAGAUGCCGAGGAUAACAGCAGACGCUGCUGUGAAAUUAAUCCGGAUACAGGCAAUUUAAUUGUAGUAGAGACAAUAGACCGAGAGGAUCUCUGCGGUUCGAAGGUUAUUUGUACUCUGACAUACGAACUUCUCUUGGAAAACCCUCUUGAGUUACAUCGUAUUUCACUGCGAAUUCAGGACAUAAAUGAUAAUCCUCCAAAAUUCCUUAAUGACCUCAUUAGUCUUGAAAUUACAGAGGCUGCUGUUAAGGGUACCCGUUUCCCUUUGGAAGAGGCUCAUGAUGCGGACAUUGGGCAGAAUACAGUUCAAGGAUAUUCGCUUGAGAAGAAUGAUUACUUUAUAUUGUCUGUCCGCGAGAAUGCGGACGGAGGAAAAUAUGGCGAGUUAGUAUUAGACAAAGAACUAGAUCGUGAACAGAACCACGAGGUUAAUUUAAUUUUGACUGCUACUGAUGGUGGAAUGCCACCGAAAACUGGUACUGCGCUUAUACACGUCACUGUGCUUGAUGCCAACGACAAUGUCCCAGUGUUUACUCAAGACGUGUAUAAAGUUGGUCUACAAGAGAAUGCUGCUGUCGGUACAGUCGUAACAGCAGUAAACGCCACGGAUGCAGAUGAGGGAGCAAAUGGAGAAAUCACAUACGAGUUCAGUCGUAUAUCGGACAAAGCUGCAAAAUUGUUUUUAAUUGACAAAACAACUGGACAAAUUAAGCUACGGGGAGAAUUAGAUUAUGAGGAGGAAACAUACUAUGAAUUGAGAGUCCAGGCAAAAGAUUCUUCUGGGUUAGCAUCCAGUGCAAAAAUUAUUAUAGAAGUUGUUGAUGUGAAUGACAACGCACCAAAAAUUGUUAUCAAAUCUUUGAACGAUCCCUUGCCUGAGAGCGUUGAUCGUGGCACAGAGGUGGGGAUUAUUAAUGUUCAAGAUAAAGACUCAGGAAGUAACGGGCAGGUCCGAUGCUCAGUUAAACACACGGUUCCUUUCAAAUUGAAUCCAUCUAUUAAAAAUUAUUAUUCUUUGAUAACUACAGCAGAGCUUGACCGAGAACAAGUCAAAGAUUACAACAUAACAAUCACUGCUACUGACGCUGGAAAUCCUCCAUUAUCUUCCUCUAAGACCAUUCAUUUAAAAAUUUCAGAUGUUAAUGACAACCCACCUGUAUUUGAGGAGCAUUCCUACAGUGCAUUUGUGAUGGAGAACAACAAACCAGGAGCUUCUAUUUGUUCUGUGUCAGCAAAAGACCCCGACUGGAAACAAAAUGGCACUGUAUUCUAUACUCUGAUGUCCAGUGAAGUCAAUGGUAUUCCAGUGUCCUCUUUUUUAUCUAUUAAUAGAGAGCUUGGAGUAAUACAUGCUGUGAAGUCAUUUGACCAUGAGCAGUUAAGAGGUUUUAAAGUCCAGGUUUUAGCAAGAGACAAUGGUUCUCCUCCUCUCAGCAGUAAUGUGACCCUGAGUGUGUUUGUAAUGGAUGAAAAUGACAACUCUCCACAAAUAUUAUAUCCCAUUCCAGAGGGAAAGUCCUUCAUGACUGAAAUGAUUCCCAAAAAUGCUUUCUUGGGUUCUCUGGUUUCCAAAGUGAUUGCUGUAGAUGCUGACUCUGGACACAAUGCUUGGCUGUCAUAUCAGAUUAUUAAGUCCACCGAUCCAGGUCUUUUCACCAUAGGUCUCCACAGUGGAGAGAUCAGAACACUGCGAGAUAUUUCAGUAUCUGAUGCUGUGAAGCAGAAUCUCGUUAUUUCAGUGAAGGAUGAUGGACGCCCAUCUCUCACCUCAACCUGUACAGUACAUUUGCUUAUUUCAGAUGAUCUGUCAGAAGUUCCAGAAAUUAAUAAUGUAUUUUCUGAGGACAGGAAUUCUAAUGUAACACCUUAUCUGGUCAUUGCGUUGGUGUCCGUUUCUGCAUUCUUUCUGAUUUUCAUCAUUGUACUUCUGGCCAUGAGAACUUGCCUCAGGAAGAAGCCUAGACUAUCAUUUGAUGGAACACUGGCUAUUCCAAGCUGUUCAUUCCCUCGGAAUUAUGCAGAUGUUGAAGGAACAGGAACCAUCCACAGUGCUUAUAAUUAUGACACUUACCUGACAACAGGGUCACACACCAGUGACUUCAAAUUUGUUGGAUCUUAUGAAGCAUUCUCUUUGUGA